AUGUCUAAUAAACAAGGUAACCCAGACUCUAACAAGAUGUCUAAUAAACAAGGUUACCCAGACUCUUACAAGAUGUCUAAUAAACAAGGUUACCCAGACUCUAACAAGAUGUCUAAUAAACAAGGUUACCCAGACUCUUACAAGAUGUCUAAUAAACAAGGUAACCCAGACUCUUACAAGAUGUCUAAUAAACAAGGUAACCCAAACUCUAACAAGAUGUCCAAUAAACAAGGUUACCCAGACACUUACAAGAUGUCUAAUAAACAAGGUUACCCAGACUCUAACAAGAUGUCUAAUAAACAAGGUUACCCAGACUCUUACAAGAUGUCUAAUAAACAAGGUAACCCAGACUCUAACAAGAUGUCUAAUAAACAAGGUUAA